UUCCCCCGCCCUCUCUCUUACUGAGACACACCAGAGUCAUCUCUCUCCCCCUCUGCAAUACCAUCGGGUCCUCUCUCCCUCUUCGCGCGAUCGUCAGGUCUUCCCUGUCUCCUAUCGACCUCUUCUACGCAAUCAGGCCAUCUCUCUGGACACAAUCGAAGGAGAAUGGAUAUCUUGCAAGAAGUCUCUAAAAUUGAUGCUAAUGCUGAUGCGCGAAAGGAUAAAUUGCCUGAGCAAUCUUCUUCUGGUAGUUCAGAUUGUAUUCCAUUAUCAAAGGGUUAUAAAUUGUUUGAUCGACAGAGAUCCAUUCGCCAUGUAAUGGGAGGAGGAAAAGCGGCGGACGUCAUCCUGUGGAAGCAGAGGCGUGUAACACUUGCCAUUAUUGUUGGUGCUACAAUUGCAUGGCUACUAUUUGAGCAUUCAGGAGUAUCUUUCCUAUCAAUUUCUUCAGAUGUAUUGCUUCUCUUGAUUGUAAUCCUGUUUGUUAGGGCCAAUUGUGCUGUUUUAUGGAACAAACAACUUCAGCCAUUGCCAGAGUUGGUCUUGUCAGAGGAAAUGGUAAACAAUUCUGCUGCUUCUUUCCGUGUCAAACUUAACUAUAUGCUACUCAUGGCUCAUGAUAUCAUUCUCGGCAGGGAUUUCAAACUCUUUUUUAAGAUCGUGGUCUGCCUAUGGCUUGUAUCUAUAAUUGGUGGUUUCUUGUCGUUCUUUACUCUUAUGUAUGUUGGAAUCAUCAUGUCAAUCACCCUUACUGCCUUGUAUAACAAAUAUGAGGAGCGUGUGGACAGGUGUGCUGGAAUAGUUCACAGUCAACUCUCUAAACAGUACAGCAGAGUUGAUGCAAAUGUUUUAAGUAAAUUACCUCAUGGGUUUUCAAAAGACAAAGACAGAUAACCACUUCCAAACUGCAUGAAAUGAAUUUGCAGUUAAUCUCAAGUGGUGGAAGGAUCUGUAGCUUUUUACAAGUCUUGUUUAGCUCUCGGGAGAGUGAAGCCAAGCUCCAACCAUGUGACUCAACUGGGGCAACUUGUAUACAACCAGUCUUUGUUUUUUGUAGACUCUCUCUCUCUCUCUUUCAACCAGUCAUUGUAUUUUGUAGACUCUCUCUCUUUCAACAAGUCUUUGUAUUUUUUAGACUCUCUCUCUCUCUCUCUCUCUCUCUCUUUCAACCAGUCUUUGUAUUUUGUAGACUCUCUCUCUCUGUGUGGUGCAGAUUGAGCAAAAGGGCAUUGACUCAAUGUGCCCCUGGUGGAGCUUGUAAAAGUCUGCAUGUGCAUGUAAUUUCUCUUUGAUCACACCUCCCUUUUCAUUC